AUGUCCCAGUCCAUUGAGGUACUGAACCUGCGGACUCAGAGAGACUUCCAGUACAUCAUGAGGAUGGAGGGCCAGUUCAAAGGGCUAAGGUCAAAGUUCAGACAGGUAGAGGCCGACGGGAAGACACAGGUCAACAGAAACUUCCAGGAGUUGAAGGGUAAGAUGGAUGCCCUACAGCCUCUGAUCCCGGUGUUGGAACAGUACAAGACAGACGCCCAGCUCGUCGUCCAGUUUAAGCAGGAGAUCAGGAACUUGUCUAUGGUGCUCACAGCCAUCCAGGAGGAGAUAGGAGCCUACGACUCUGAGGAGCUACAACAGAGGGUUCUGAGUCUGGAGGGCAGGCUACGCUACUGCAGGAGCAGACUCACCUGUGGUAAACUGAUGAAGAUCGCUGCACCGGAGACGGUGAAGACCUCUGGGACACGGUUUGGAGCCUGGAUGACAGAUCCACAGGCCUCCCCUACAAACAAUAGGGUCUGGUACAUGGAUAGCUACACCAACAACAAGAUCGUCAAAGAGUACAAGUCCAUAGCAGACUUUGUUUCCGGGGUCGAGUCUCGAACCUACAACCUGCCGUUCAAGUGGGCCGGAACCAACCAUGUGGUGCACAAUGGCUCUCUGUACUACAACAAGGUCCAGAGCAACAUCGUGGUGUGUUACCGUUUCGAGACGGGGCGGGUUGUAACCCAGAGAGCCUUGGAGAACGCCGGGUUCCACAAUGUCUACCCUUACACCUGGGGAGGCUUCUCCGACAUAGACCUCAUGGCCGACGAGCUGGGUCUGUGGGCCGUCUACGCCACCAAUCAGAACGCAGGAAACAUCGUCAUCAGCCAGCUCAACCCGGAGACACUACAAAUCCUCGGAACAUGGAACACGGAAUAUUCCAAACGGAACGCGGGGGAGUCCUUUAUGAUCUGCGGAACACUCUACAUCACCAACUCUCACCUGACUGGCGCUAAGGUUUACUACUCAUACUCCACCAAGACAUCCAGCUAUGAGUACACAGACAUCCCCUUCCAUAACCAGUACUUCCACAUGUCCAUGUUGGGUUACAACGCCAGGGACCGGGCUCUGUACGGCUGGAACAAUGGACACCAGGUUCUGUUCAACAUCACGUUGUUCCACAUCAUCAAGACAGAGGACGAUUCCUGA